UUGUGGAACCUGGAAGUGACAAGUAGGCCAUUGAGGUGUCCAGGUUGUGGAUGUAGAAGCAUAUGUAUGGUCUUGGUGCAACUUAGCAUCAUCGUCUCCACCGCUUCACAAGCCAAUCCACUUGGAUAGCCAUGAAAGCUGCAGAAUAUCAUUGAGAGCUUGGUGAGCUGUGGAGAAACUUAGCAUGGGCAUCAAGUUGCUGCUGUAUACCACUAAGGUUCUGAAAAGCGUGCUUGACUUAUGAUGAUUAUGCCGAAGAAGGCGUUGGUUACCUGCUAUUGCUGUGGUACUAUGAGACAUGAGUUUGGAUUUGCAAAAUGUGAUUCCUGAAUUAACAUGUAUAAGAAGAUAAGCAGGGUAUUGUAACAUGUGGCUCUGGUCGCUCCGUUUGAGUGGAGGAGAAAAAGUGAGAAAACAUCAUGGGCAAGGAAAGUCUCUCGUCAAAUUGAACUAUGAGGAACUUCAGAAAUCGAUGAAGCAAUAUUUGCAAUUUUGCAUGUGUCUAGAGGUGGUAUGCACCAGAGCAGAGUGAAGAUAUGGAAUUAUUGGCAUCUAUCGAUACAGAUAUAACGUAGGAGUAUCUUGACCACGAAAAAUACAAAAUAUCAGUGAGCAAUCCUGAUUCCAAACCUUGCGUAUUCUGUACUUGUAGCUCUAGAUGUUAUUACUUGCAUUCUUAGUUUGUUCCCUUGGGCACCUCUCUUGCUUCCAUUUCUAGCUUGGUCUGAGCAUGUCUCCUCAUCUUCGACCCUUUAGGUCCUUGUUUUCUUCAUAUGCUACUGUGCGACCUCAAAGGAGAGAACCGAAGCUGCUUCCAUUGCCUGAUUUCUCCUCCUGCACUAGUACUGCUCAUAUCUUUUCUUAUCAGCAAAGUCAUCGGCGACUAGUUCCAUCUGCAGUCCGCUGCGAACAAACACUAUUAGCAGCUGAUUGCCGUUCGUCUUCCCAUCAUGGUUGUGAUGAUAAUGGUAUCAGAAAAAAGGAGAGGAGGAGAAGGUGGAGGAAGAGGAAGCAAACAUCCAAAGAAGAAGGUACGUGUGUGCCAUCAGAGGAGGAACUGUCGCUUAGGAAGGUAAAGCUCUACCAGAUUGGUGACCCCCUUGGGCGAAAAGAGUUGGGCCUACAUGUGGUGCAAUGGAUAAAGCAGGGCAUGCACUUAAUGGCCUCCAAAUUUGCUUUCUCAGAGAUGCAAGAUGAUGGGGCAGCAUUAUUGUCAUUGGAUGGGGAAUUAUCAGAUGGGCAUAUGGGUUUUGUGAUGCAGGCACAGCCAUACCUUUCUGCAACUCCCAUGCCCAAGGGACAGGAGUCUCUUUGCUUGAAAGCCUCAACACACUACCCCACACUCUUUGACAACUUUCAGAGAGAACUUCGUGAUGUUCUGUUGCAACAGCAGAAUGAGGGCCUUAUCACUGACUGGCGCUCCACACAAUCUUGGAUGCUUCUGAAAGAACUGGCUAAAUCAGCUGAGCAUCGCGCAGCUGCACGCAGAUCUGGGAAUCCUGUUAUGCACGUUACCCUUGGCAUAAGCUUGGACAAGACAAGGCUGAUGCAGACGAAGAUAGAUGAGUUUGUUAAGAAGAUGACAGACCUUCUACAACUUGAACGAGAUGCAGAACUGGAAUUCACUCAGGCAGAGUUGAAUACCACUUCAAUGAUGCUUGCAAAGUCAGAAAAGCCGGCCCGGCCAGUUGAGUACUUGGUAACUCAUGGUCAAGCCCAAGAGCAGUGUGACACUCUUUGCAAUUUGAAAGUUAUCAGCAGUUCAACUGGGUUAUCAGGAUUACAUUUGGUCUUAUUUAGAGUCGAGGAAAGCCACAAACUUCCUCCAACUAGGCUCUCUCCAGGAGACAUGGUUUGUGUAAGAACAUGCAAUAGCCGGGGUGAGGUUGCCACUUCUUGCAUGCAAGGCUUUAUCCAUGCUCUCGGUGAGGAUAACUGCAGCAUUACAGUGGCAUUGAAUUCACGCCAUGGUGAUCCUACAUUCUCCAAGCUUUUCGGGAGAAGCGUGCGGAUUGAUCGCAUACAAGCAUUGGCAGAUUCAGUCACAUAUGAGCGCAAUUGUGAAGCAUUGAUGCUUCUUCAGAAGAGAGGUUUACAGAAAAGAAACGCAUCUAUUGGGGUAGUAGCCUCUCUGUUCGGAGACAAGGAAGAUGCGAUGAAGUUGGAGCAAAAUAAUCUGAUUGAUUGGGGUGGAUCAGAAGUACAUGAUGAAGCUUUGUUGAAGAGGCACAACUACAACUUUGAUACCUCUCAGUCAAAGGCUCUUGCACUGGCCUUGAACAAGAAGAGGCCAGUCCUAGUCAUCCAAGGGCCUCCAGGGACAGGCAAGACUUGUUUGCUUAGCUAUCUUAUUACAUGUGUCGUCCGCCAGGGUGAACGUGUUCUUGUGACAGCUCCAAGCAAUGCAGCGAUUGAUAACAUAGUGGAGAAGUUAUCAAGUACUGAACUGAACAUCCUACGAGUUGGAAACCCUUCCAGGAUGUCUCCAUCUGUGGCUUCAAGGUCCUUGGGAGAGAUUGUUACAAGGAGGCUUGAGAAGUUCACUGAAGAGUUUGAGAGGAAAAAAUCUGACUUGAGAAAUGACUUAAAGCACUGCAUACAGGAUGAUUCUUUAGCUUCAGGUAUUCGCCAACUAUUGAAAAAACUUGGGAAGGAGUAUAAGAAGAUGGAGAAGGAAACAACCAUGGAGGUUCUGUCAAAUGCUGAGGUGGUCCUAUCAACUAAUAUAGGGGCAGCCGACCCACUUAUCAGGGGAAUGGGUUCCUUUGACCUUGUAAUUAUAGAUGAAGCUGCGCAAGCAAUUGAGCCCUCAUGCUGGAUCCCAAUAUUACAGGGAAAGCGAUGCAUACUUGCUGGUGAUCACCGUCAGCUUGCACCUGUAGUAUUAUCAAGAGAGGCUAUGGAAGGUGGGCUUGGAAUGUCUUUAUUAGAAAGGGCUUCAUCGCUGCAUGAUGAACUACUCACUACAAUGUUAACAGUGCAAUACAGAAUGCAUGAUUCAAUAGCUAGAUGGGCAUCAAAUGAGAUGUAUGAUGGGUUGCUCAAAUCCUCCCCAUCUGUUGCUUCUGGACUUCUUGUUGAUUAUCCAUUUAUCAAGGCAAAUUGGAUGACUCAGUGUGCCUUGCUUUUACUUGAUACUCGAAUGCCAUAUGGAAGUCUAAAUAUUGACUGUGAGGAGAGUUUAGACCCAGCCGGUACAGGUUCAUUUUAUAAUAAUGGCGAGGCAGAAAUAGUUGCACAACAUGUUCUCAGUCUUGUACGCUGCGGGGUGCUUCCAACUUCGAUUGCUGUUCAGUCCCCUUACAUUGCACAAGUACAAAUGUUACGGGACAGAUUGGAAGAAUAUCCAUUAGCUUCUGGAGUUGAGGUUUCAACCAUAGACAGCUUCCAGGGUAGGGAAGCAGAUGCAGUUGUCAUAUCCAUGGUUCGGUCAAACUCCAUGGGAGCAGUAGGAUUCCUUGGUGACAGCAGGCGCAUGAAUGUCGCCAUUACAAGGGCAAGGUCACAUGUUGCAGUUGUAUGCGAUAGUUCUACCAUUCGUAACAAUGCUUUCCUGGCUAGGCUCCUUCGCCAUAUUCAGCAGCACGGGCAGGUCAGACAUGUGGAACCUGGUUCCCUGGACGGGGACUCUGAUCUUGGCUUUAAUCCACCGGCAUUACCGUCUCUAGGUUAGUGAUGACUUAGCUUGCCACGAAAUCUGGCGUACUAAAUGUUGAGUUACAUGGAGACGAAUUCUGUAACACGCAAAGGCCAAGUGGGUUUUCUGUCAUUGUUUAAGUGUUUUGUGCUGACUAUUCAGUUGUAAAGCUGUACAGCAAACUGGAACUUCGCAUCUGAUAGUGGGUCUUUAAAUUUCAGACGUCCAUGUGGAAAAAUUGAUCAUGUACCUCUCUUCUUUCA